UCGCACGAAUUGCUGUGGAACUGAAAGGAGGUUCAUGUUUGUUUCUGAAAUCUCGCGAGGCUCUGUGUCGUGACGAAUUCUGGCUAAACCGUGUCUUAGAAACGAAAAAGAAAAUAUUAAGGGAAGAUAAAACCAAUGAAAUAUCCAGUAUCUCAUUUAUAAGAACCCGGACGUCUAAACAGUAAAGAUGUCAGAUGACCUGGGGAAGCAGUUAGCCAGUUACAAGGCUCAGUUCCAGCAGGUUGAAGCAGCCUUGUCUACAGAUCCAGAAAAUGAGGACCUGCUUAAACUACAGAAAGAUUUACAGGAAGUGAUAGAGUUAACCAAAGACCUCCUGUCGAAUCAGCCGUCAGUGGCUGCCACCAGUUCUGACAGCUCAGCCAUUGUUCCUCUCAGUCACUGCUGGGAGGUCGGGGACAGCUGCAUGGCAGUCUGGAGUGAGGAUGGACAGGUUUACGAAGCAGAGAUUGAGGAGAUAGACGAAGACAAUGGCACAGCUGCCAUCACUUUCUUGGGAUACGGCAAUGCGGAAGUCAUACCCCUGGUGAACCUCAAGCCUGCGGAGGAGGGUAAGAAUUCAGAGGACGACGGGGGCAAGUCUAAAUCAAGAAAGGAACAGAUAGCCCAGCAGAGGGAGUAUAAGAAGAAGAAAGCACUGAAAAAGGCCCAAAGAAUGAAGGAACUUGAGCAAGAGCGAGAGGACCAAAAAUCAAAGUGGCAGCAAUUUAACAAUAAAGCCUAUUCAAAGAACAAGAAAGGACAGGUGAAGAGGAGUAUAUUUGCAUCACCAGAGAGUGUGAAUGGUAAAGUUGGUGUCGGAACAUGUGGAAUAGCAGAUAAACCGAUGACUCAAUACCAAGAUACAUCUAAAUAUAACGUAAGGCAUUUAAUGCCACAAUAACAUGACACUGGGUAGAGUGAAGCAGCACAAGUCUGCAUUAACAGUAUUCUUUAUUAGCAAGAAAUCCAUUCUCUGAAAUCUCAAGAAGCUGCUUACAUCUUGUCAGCUAGCUUGUCUACUCAAUUCGAAGAGUUUUUAAACUUUUGCUGACUGUGCAAGAGUGGAAACAUUGCAAAAAUGCACCUUUGGGAAUACUGGGUUUUAUUUUUGGAGUGUGUUUGAGAAGUACACAAGCUAAGCAGUUUUAGUAAACAACAUCCAAACUAAUACAGAACCACUGUUAAAGCUCAGCCUGAAUAGUUUUCUCAUUAUAGUGUUGAGGCCUUAUUAAUGGGCAUGUUGGCUUCAUCUGCCAGUUCAUUAAUAAUGUCCUUUGCUGCAUUUUUAUUGUUAUUUUUUUAAGUUAUGUCAUGUUCCAAUAGUGCAAUUAAGUAAUUUGUGAAUCAAGUCAGUGUUUGUGUUAAUUUGAUGCAAUGACUGGCUUAAUAACAGGUCUAGCAAGGUUUGGCAAGUGGUAAACUGUUAUUCAUAAGAAUAUGGCCCAGAAGAAGGCAGAAGGUAGCAGAAAAGUAUUUCUAGGCACUUCUGUAGUCUUACUUUACGUACCAUAGUGCCAGUAAAAAAACCAGCAGAAGCAAGAUUCCUAUAAGUAAAAAUAAUAAUAAUAAUAAUUGAAAGGACAUUGGAAUUCUUUUGGUUGAGGUGAGCUAAACUGAAAUGCCAGUUUCAGAAUUACUUUAUUUUUAUUUUUGUUUCUGAACAAGCAUAAUGCAUAUAAAGAAAGCAGUUGUUACUAAGAUUCUUCCUAUUUAUGAAGGAAUGUGAUUUUUAUCUUAAGUUUUGUAUGUUUAACUUUUAUCAAAUAAACGUUAAAAUGGA